ACCUCUCCAGGACAGGACCAGAACGACCGCGGCCCGCCAACCUCCUACGAGGACUGGUCUGUUCCGGAGCUGAGUGCGUGUGUGUCUGGGGCGGGGGGUCCGCCAUGAGGGACUAUUCGGCACCUGCCAACCAAGGAGGCUCCUGUAUGGCCUGCUGCCAAGUUUGUGUGUUCUUCUUCACUGCAAUCCUCAUUGUCGCAGAGAGGACGGCGCUGAUUUACUGCUUUGUGUACUAUCUGUGGGUGGGUCACAACUACUGCUACGCCCAUCUGGCUGGCUUCACUGCACUUUUCCUGCUACCAGGUUGGGGUCCACAGUGGCUCAGCUACCGAUGGUACCUCUCAGAUGGAAAGAUCCGCAGAAAGUCUCUCACCUGGACUCACAUACUGCACCUGGGUAUCUUCAAAAGGCUGUGGGAGUGCAUGCGUCUUCCAGAUAUGGACGUGUACGGAGAGAUCAUGCAACAGGCUGAUGUGUCCGCCUUACGGAUGUUGGAGGCCUUGGUGGUCACCCUCCCCGAAACACUGCUGCACACCUACGUGCUCAUCUGCACUGAUAUAGGCAUCAAAUCUCCAGCAUCCGUGUGUUUCGCGGUGUGUUUGUUAUCUCUGGCCUGGGCGUUGGUCCUGUAUGCCCGAGCGUGUUCCCUCAUCAGACCAGGACACCUGCAAAUGACCCCUGCUGCCAUCUUCUGCCGACUCCUGUGGAGGGUCAGUAUGUUGGGGUCUCGAUUCGGCGUCCUCAUGCUUUUCACGCGGGUCUUCAAACACUGGAUUCUUGGCGUUAUAGGUGUGCACUGGUUGGGGACAACAUUUUGGAUGGUGUCUCAGCAGACUGACAUCAUCCGUUCAACUAGUCGCUGGAGACUCUUCAAUCUGAUUCUUGGGGCCAUUCAUAUCUUCUUCUUCCUCAACGUGAAGUACGGUCCGUCGCGCUUGCGCAUGGCUGGCUUCUACCUGGUAAUGUUUUUAGAGAACAUUUUCCUCCUGCUGGCCUCGUCCUGGUUGUUCAGCAUGGUGUCCUGGGAUACGGUGGCCAUCCCGACCGCGGUCCUCUGCAGCUUCCUUAUUGGUGUGAUCUCCUUGGUUCUGUACUAUCGCUUCCUCCACCCCAAAUCCUUUGAGAUCUUCCAGAGUAUUCGCCGUAGAGGGAUCAGCGGCGCCUGCAUGGAGAGUGGAUCUAUACUCUCGUUGGAGGAGAAAGUCACGCCUACUUUUCAUCGCCAUGCAACACUGUCAGGAGGUGGCACCCUGAUGGACCUCCCACCCCAGUGGGAGGGCUGGAGGCAUCAUCACUGGCUGCUGAUUCGUUUGGCUCUGAAGACGGGGGACGUGCCCAAGAUCUGGUCGGUCUACGGAGAAGGCGGUCUCGCUGGACUCAUGGGUUUGUGUGAAGAGCUUCAUUACGGAAAUGAACAUCGUCGUGUACCGCAGGUCCUCCACCCAGCUCCUCAGCCACCCCGACCUCAGGUGACCCCAGCUCCACAGAGAGAGGAGGUGCCACCACCAAAGCCAGCGCUCACCAAUGUCAUAGCCAGACCUGUGAGGAAAGCUCCUCCCACAACAAUCCACGAUAUUAGACUGGUUCCAGAGAUCAUCCCGGUGCAUGAGGCCAUUCUUGAAGAGAUCACAGAGGAUUUCAGUGCUCCACAGACAGAGGAUAAAGGUGAUGAAGAGUUUCAGAGUGCGAUUUACGGUUCCCCUUCACUUUCAUCACCUGCCCAACCAGGAAGCCUGCGCCACAUCGACAGUAAAUCCGCCACCCUGACUGAGAAGUCGUCCUCUGCAGGUUCUUUGGACAUCAAGACCCCCGGCUGGUCACCUGAACGUCCCUCCCCUCUCCUGAUCAGCUCCCCAGAGAAGAAAUCAGCUACACCGUUAGACACUACCUCAUAUUUCUGUGUCGAUGUACCUUCUCCCUCGAGUGGGAGCUAUCUAGGCUGGGGGUCUGAGCUGUCACCCAUCUCCACCUACAGAAGCCCCUACCGCAUUAGGGAGGCUCGUUUUGUCGCAUCUACUUCACGUCCGCAGUCCCGGACUGGAGCAGAGAGUCCAGGUCUUGCCCCGGUUGUUAUCAUCCCCGCUACACCCGGUACGACUCCACGCGCGACCCCCAGUGGGACCCCUGGUUCCAUUACCCCCGCAGCCUCAACACCCACCGCCUCCACACCUGCUGCAUCCACUCCUGGUGCUGCAACCCCUGCCAGUGCCACAACACCCAGCACCCCCAUAGUCCCACUCGCCCCAGUCAUCUCCCACGCCUGCAAACAGAUAGUUCAGUUUGUGGACAGCAGAGAGAGGGCCGUGUAAGAAGGAUGACGUUAACAGCGCUCACUGGCCACAACAUUAGGGACAAUUGCGCAAUAUUGAAAACAUAUUCAAAAAUUCUAGUAUUUUGGUUACCUUUUCUAUAUAUACAGGAGAUAGUCAAAAUAUUAGAAACAGCUCUCAGCAUGAUUCGGUGCAGUUGCGCACCACUGCCAUAAUAAACAUAAUGGGUUCAUGAACACAUCUCAAACUGAACAUUGUUGUUUGUUAUGAGUCAUUGAGACAACCCUUGUAUUGAAUCUCAUUAGAGCAAGGGUGGUCAAAGUAUGGCCCGCGGGCCACAUACCAUUCUUUAAUCGGGCUCACUGAGCAGUUUCUGUACAUUAUCAAGAGUCCUGUAAUAUUUAUUUCUUUGGUUUAGCCUUUUUCUCCCUUAAAACGGAUUAAUUUACAUUUAUUUAUUUAUCUAUCACAUUAAAAAAAAUGAUAAAUUGAUUUAUUGUAAAUAAUGCAACACAAAUGAUAGUAAUCAUUUGGUCGAUUAACAAAAUUUAGAAGUAUUUAAACAUUAAAACAUUUUUUUUUAAUCAUUAUUAUUACUAUUAAAAUAAAGUAUUUUGCAGCAAAUUUUAUUAUUAUUAUUAUUAUUUUUUUUUUACAUCAUUUAUGA